CAACAUCCAGAGCAAGGUGUGUGAUGUCCGAGCCUCUGCCUUCACACCGCGUCUCCAACAGCUUGAAGAAGGGCUUGUCUAAUAGGUAGGACUGACCUUCAAGCUGAAAGGUCAGACACUGGGAGGGUGGAUCCCAAUGGAUCAUGGUGGUUGGUGUGAGACAUAGAGCAGCAUAAUGUCGCAACUUCCUGUGGACGGCGUUGACCUCUGCGAUAACCUACCCAACCCUGAGGCCGCCCAAACUCAAAACCUCAACGAAACAAACACCAGCACACAAAAUCAAAGUCUCUGUCCUUCACAAAUCGAAGAGGGGGGUGGGCGCAGGCUCAUCCAAAAACCCUCUCUCAACAACAAUGGGAAGGAUAAGGAGGAAGAACAGGGAAAGGAGAGAUACACAGGAAGAGGCAGAGCGGAGGAUGAAGAAGAAGACAAUGAUGAAGUGAUGAAAGAAGAAGAAGAGGAGGAAUCAGAGGAAUCGAGCAGUCUUAUUCGCGGCCAGUCUCCAGACAAUAUGACUGACUCGUCGUAUUCAGAAACUGGCAGCCUGUUGGAGACUCCAUAUCCUUUCAGCCCUGGGACCAGUGCAGACUCUACAUCCCCUGUCAUCCCAGUGAUCAGUCCAGAAACUGCAUAUCCCAUCAGUCCAGUGGAAGUCAAUCUGAGUGAUGUCAGUGUGGACUCUCUCACAUCCAGCACUGGAUCAGGUGCCUUCACCGCAGGGCCUAUUCACUCUACUACACUAACUGCGACCUCAGACACCAACUGCACCAGCCCAACUGGGACUACAUGUAUCACAGAAACUACAGACAGGAUUGCAGAAAUGUCCACUGCAGAACUUCUUACCUCAUCUACGGACCCCGUCUUCAACCAGGGGUCUGCCAGUUCAUAUGUAGGACCUGUCUCCUCAACCGCAGAGACAUUUUCAGUAACUGAUAGCACCACUCGGCUCAACACCUCCAUGCCUUCCACUGCAAUGAGUGCAACUACAGGACCCCUAGCUUCAACCACAGGGCCUAUAACCUCAAACGGGGAACAUAUUGCUUCCAUACCAGUGCCCUCUUGUUUCUUAGUCUCCACCUGCUCAACUGGGACUAUUCCAAGCCCGGCUUUGCUGAAAUAUCUGGAGCAGUUGGCACAAAAAGGAGAUGACGGUCACCUUCCACACUAUCUGCACCAGAUUGCUGAGGCCUUUGUCAUUCAAAAAGACUACCAGCAGGCGUUACGGUGCAUCCAACUAGAGAGACUCUAUCACCAGAGAAUAUUGGACAACCUGAAUACACUCAAGGAGCAUUGGGAGAGUCAGUGUAAAAGGACUUCUUCUGACCUGGCAUCCGAACAUCUGGACACUCUUAAACACAUCUGCCAGACACACAGUCGACCAAGUUCAAGAGAUGCUGUGCGUGCUUCUCUGGACUCUUUGAGGCCUACAGUUGAAGAAGGUGCUGCUCUGCUCUCAUGUUUCUCAGCUGAUCAAGUUGACAGAGGGACGGAACAGAGAGACAACGACUCCUUUCCUCAGAGCGGUGAUCCAGUCACCCCCUCCAUUAAUUUGACCGACAGGCUCAGUCUCCCUGAGAUCGCAGAUAAGGACAGUGAAGACCCAGACAGGGUUUUAGACGGGAGGGAUGGUUUCCAUGGAUCUCAGAUGACUUACGAGCAGGGCAGUGAUAGAGAGGGAGGCGAGGCAGAAGGGGGGUUGGGACACACCAUUCCAGCCAUAGAAAAUGGUCUGCACCCCUCUACAGCUGGAGAAAUUGAUCAGUCCAAACCCGCAGAGCAGCAGGGAGGAGAUUUAGGUCUAGCAGAGGAAAGGGUAGAAGAGGAGAGGAGCGUAGAGGAGGCUUUGGAGAUGGAUGAUGAGGGAGAGGAAGAUGAUAAGGAGAAGCAGAAAGAAAGAGACUUUGCAUUCUAUCAGAGAGCGCUCCCAGUGGAUAACCUGGGCAGCGGGGCAGAGGUGGAGGAAGAACAGCUGCAACAGGAAGUCCCAGCUGAAGAGAAAUUUCACGAGCAUACCCAGGAGAGCACUGAAACAUGCCUGCACCAGGAGGUCCAUCUCACUCAGGAGGAUCAUGUAAAGCAGCAGGAGCAGCAUGAGGAGGAAAAGGAAGAGGAGUAUGAAGUAGAGCAAGCUGACCUCAUCAGAGAAGCUGCCCCAUUGGACGACAUGGCUAAACUCAUCACUGUAGAGGAGAUGUCUCCUGCGUCUGGCCUGGUCUCCAUAUUGAAGAGGAGGAGUGUUCGUGUGGAUAACGUGAGUGUGUCGUCGAGUUCAGAGACCUGGCCUGACAAACCCACUGCCAAAAGACGAGUCCGCUUCAGAGUGCCUGACGAUGAGGAGCAGGACGUUGGCGGUGGAGACUCCUGCCUGCUUCUCUUCCUGCUUUGUCUGGUCACUGUAGUGAUCAGUGUGGGUGGCACCGCCCUUUACUGUGCUCUGGGGGAUGCCCACUCCUCAGUGUGUCAUGACUUCUCCAGAAAUGCAGACUUCUACUUUGGCCAGAUCCAGCGGGGGAUCACUCAUAUGCAACAUUGGUUUACGCCUGGGUCAUAGCAGCAAACACUUUGACAGCACCCUGGAGUCACUGGCCUUACUGUUUUUUUUUUACUGUAGGCUACAGGUAAUGGUGUCAGGUGGCUGCUACGGUCACUGCCACCCUUUUGAAGUAAGUGGCCAUUAUGCCUCCUAACUGACUAUAGGAGUAGAUCAGAUACAGUAAGCAUUAGCUCGCCUCCUUUUUUAUGUUCUGUGAAUCAAAUUCCAAGGUUCACUGAGACUCCAAGUCAUACAUUAGAUAUCCCAUAAGAAAACUAGAUGAAAUGAAAAGCAGAGUAGAGGAGGAGGAACCGACCUACAACCCUCUACACCCUGUCCAGAGUUAGGAGGUCUAGAUCAAAUUGAACAGCUGUGACCCACAGAGAUGUAAAAAAAAGAAAUAUAUAUUGUACAGUUUGCUAACUGUGGGGCAAAGGGACUCUCUCUCUCCCCACUGCACAAACAGGUAGUGGCCCAGCAGCAUUUUACAGACUGCUGCAACCACUGCUGUUGCUUUUAUUGUUGACGUUUUUUAGAUCAAAAUGAAAUUUUAACUAAGGAAAUUGUUGUGUUUUAAUCCUGUCUUAAACCUUAAGAUGAAUGUUUGGGGCUCAUUGUUAACCUUUGUGUGAUCUUAGGGGCAUUUCUACAGUGUACUGUCUCAUAAUAGAUUUAACGGGUUAUUUUGGUGUUUUUCAAACCUGAGCUGCUAAUGGACAACAGGCAUGUCAAAUAGGUCCAUGGGGGAAAGAACAUGAUUGCAUUGCAUUGUAUGUAUAUUGUAAUGGGCUGAAGAGCUCGAUAUCAGCCCUACAGACAUACACAUAAACACUUUCCCCCUUCGCUGCCGUGUUCUGUGUAAGUACCAACAACACAUUUACAGCGAGCUGACAUGGCUGUCUCUGGAGACUUCAAAGUCUUAACUGCCCAUUUGUGUUUUUGAGCUAAUUUUAGCUUUGCGUAGCAUAUGCAACAUGCACAGGAACACAGUGCACCUCUGUAUAUAUUUUCAGGAGAAUGUUUAUUAACAUGUUGUACAUGAGACUGGUACGAUUUUAAGUAUAUUGCAAUAUUUCAACAGGCAUUGUUCUGUUGGUCGUAGACUAAACGUUGAUUUAACAUCAUUUAAUCAGCAAAACAAAAAAUCCAUAUCCAUAAGAACUUCUUUCAGGUUUACUGUGAAAAGUAAAUAUCAUAUAUCAGUUAUGCACAUUUCAACAAAAAAUACUCAACUCCAUAUGUGGAAUAUCUCAGUAAAAUAUACAGCUGAUGAAUGAGCGAUGUAAAAAUGUUUGUAGGAAUAACUAUUCAGUGUACUUCAUCAGUACAGCCUUGAUGUUGAUGGAUCAGUCCUGGUCUGUCUGUCUGUAUCUUUGCUGUUUCUGAGAGAGUCUGGGCAUCAUCCUUAAUGUGUAAUUAGUUUUUUUGCAAUUCAGAAAGAUUUAUGCCACCACUUGGUCUUUUUAAAGAUUCAGCUUAAUAACAUUUGUCUUAUGUGAUUACAGCGGCCAAAUUAGAUCUUAAAAUUUCCUUAGGAAGAAGGAGAAAGUUUGGUCUGGAAAAAGUCUCACUUUCUGGAUAAAGUUUCAGCCUUUUGUCCCUGAAACCAAACUCAAACCUGUGUUUCAUCUCUUAUUUCCAACAAUUUGAUGUCCGGUUCAUUAUUUUUCCCUUCAUUUGCUUUUGUAGUGAAUGCCAUAAAAAGUGCCCUAGAAAAACCACGUAUCUUACAUAGGUCUUAUUUGUUAGUGAGUAAAGACAGAAAGGACAUAUUCAAGUGUCUUAACUAUGCAUUUUAACAGAUGAAGAUAGAACAGUGUUUUCUUUCUAUCCCAGUGUGGGACUCACAAAACCCUGAAAACUAAUUUAAAGAUAUGAGGUUUUCCCAGCACGUAGUGAUUAGUAGAUUGAGUCUUGCUUUAUUAUUUGCACAUGUCGUCUGGCUGGUUCAGACAACUAUCACUCAAAAGAAAACAUCUUAUUUAAUCUUUUAGAUGAUUUAAAUUAUUUAUAAUACUAGAGAUGUCAAGUGUAAGUGGUUAAGAAUAUAAACAUCUUUAGUUUUGGUUUCGCUUGAUUGUUGUCUUCAUACAUCGCAUACUGUAAGUCUUUCAUCUCAUGUCAUUGUUGUUAAAGAGGCUUUGAAAGAAAAUCAGCCUACGAAUAUCUUCCUCUGUGUCACUGUACAUACAUACAUGCAUGUUACCUAAUUAUAUUAAUUUCAAUACUGUG